AUGGAUAGACUUAAAUCUGUUCUUAUAGAAGGCGAAAAGUAUUAUAUAUACAUAGAUCAGACAAGUGUGUAUGCAAGAAAGGAAAUGGUAGAGAAUACUAUAAAAGAAGACGAUCCUGCUGCCCACAUAUACUCAGCCACUGUUUUGUUUAACGGGAGCGUGGUUUUGGACAAGAUAAUACCACAUAAAGGCAUCUCUGGCAGUGAGGCUGUGGACUUAGUAGAACAAUUUGCCCAGAAUAUGGCGCUAAAUGUAGCGUACAGGGAGAAGGCUGUUGUUUCUUGCAUAUUGAAGUCUUCUAUUUUGAAGAGCUGUCUCUCCACGUACGAGCUUUUUUCGACUUCAGAGUUGGACAAGCGGCAUUCGCAGGAUCUUGACGCGAUAAAACUGCAACCUGCGGGGAAUGCCCCGUUGGGAGAGGAUUCUGUUUCCGAAAAUUCCGGCUUGAAGGAGGAAAAUUCUAAAGAAAAAAACUCUGAGGAGAAGGAAAACAACUCGGAUUCGGGGGAUUUGGACCCAUUGCUUUUAAAUCCCUCCUGUAUCGACGAUGAUGUGAUAGUUGAAACCAACAACGCUCUGCGGGAAGGGCUUGAAACGAUAGGCAAGGCCGUGGAAGCCGUAAAAAGCACACACAGAGAACGCCAGAUGAUGUGCACGAACUAUUCCUAUGCGCUGAAUUCGAUAUAUUCUCACAUCCAGGAGGUCAAUUUCUACCUGUUUUUCUCCGAUGACAUUGCUUUUGAGAAUGUCAUUCUGAAAGAAAUGCAGGAAAUUGAGAAAUUGUGCAAAAAGUUGACGGGUGUAGAUGUUUUCAGCGGUGAAGUCAGCAAAAACUCUGCGUUUUCUGUGGAUGACCUGGAAACCCUGUACAAGUCCUCAGUGGAUGGGCCUUGUAGAAUAGUGGCCUAUAGGAAUGAUAUGAAUAAGUUCUGUUUCAACCCGGAAUUCAUAGGCAGGGUGAGAGCCCUUUCUCGCAGGCUGCAGGAUCAUGAUAAGCAGGGAAAGUUGUUCUCUAUUGGCCAGCUUCUUGACGAAAUUAAGUCACUUGUAGGCUUUGAGCAAAUGCGGGUAGUUAGAACCCUGAUUGAGCACCGCGAAGCGAUCCUCCGAGAAAAAAGAGCGUAUUUUUCAAUUCUGGACAUAUACGCGGGAUGCAAGCGAGCCGAAGAAGGGGCUGAAAUGGACUCUGCGCAGUGGUUCGACAUGUACUUCCUAAGCGCCAUAACCAACGAGAAUGCUGCGAUCAGGAAUGUUGAGUCGGAAAUGGCCCGUUUGGCCGACAUGGAGCUGCUCGUUCACGAGAAUGCAAGCGAGAUCACAGAGGAAAUAGACAUGCUUAUUUCCCAAUUCCUGCGCAUUAGGGGGCUUUUUAUAUCCAAAGAGGCUUUCUCCAGGAUAGAGAAUGCGAAUAGCUACAUUUCAGCGUACAAAAUUAUAGCGGAGUGCUGCAAAGAGAGCGAGACCGAAGACGCCAAAACCAUACGGGACUGCCUGGGCGCGCGGAUAGAGAAAAUGAACAAUUCUCUGAAGCUCCAGGAUGCCAUGAAAAAGCGGGCUGAAGACAUGCGCAAAAUCAAAGGCGUUUUUAUGGACAUGAAGGAAAUGUCAAAAGAGCAGGUGGAGUUUCUGCUCAAUUCCCUGAUUCCGUACGCGUUAGACCCGAAAAUUAGCGGUUGCAUACAGGAGAAGCUGUUAAUGGUUAAAACGCCGGGUUUAGUCGGCCGCUCAGACGGGUUAUUUGUCCCAAAGGACUUCACAGGCUUGCUCAUGGAGAAAUUCCGCGAGGCUGUCGAGGCAAGAAGCUGCAUAAUUUCUAUUGUGCAGAACAUGAGCAAAAGCUCGCGCUUUUUCGGGGUUAUAUCAGACUGCAUGACGUGGGUUGAAGAGGCAGCAGUCUCUGAUACGUUGCAAGCGAUGAUUUUGCCUGUGGGUGUUGCGGGCACAUUCUUGGCGCUGGGCAUUUUUUUCGCAAAAUCGUAUAGCAGUAUUCCGCAGGAUGUUUAG